UCCACAACACUAGUUGUGAUGAUGAAGGACUCUUUUUAAAUAGUCGCUGCGAUCUCUCCAGAAGCCAUGGAUGGAUUUCCUUUAUAUUUCACAAAUUCAGACUCUUUGGUUGAUUUGAAAGACGAUUCAGGAGUAAAAGAGAAGUUGGGUAUGGCUCAUUUGCUCUCUUCUUCCUCCUCUUCUCUUAUUCACCCUGUCUGCAAAACACCCCUUUCAUCUACAUCUCUGCAUUCUCAUCUUCAUAACUGCAAGGCACCAUCACCAUUACUUAAUCAGCGUUUGCAUAGCCAGAGAAAUAAGUAUGGAUCGAUCCAUGGAUGCCCACUUGAGCUCAAGGGUGAUAAUUCAUGCAUGAAGCCUUUGAGUUCUAUUCAUUAUUAUAAGUAUGGAAAUAGAUCAUGGUUUCAGAACCAGUCUACUGCUGGGUGUUCUGGUUUGGGAGAAGGUGUGGUAAAUGAAGGGGAGAAGGUUUCAUGGAUUGAUACAUUCCUUCCAAGAUGGUCGAGGCCAUACGCCCAUUUGGCUCGCCUGGACUGGCCUACCUUGCUGUUUGUUUGGCCUUUCAUGUGGUCCAUUACUUUGAGUGCACCAUCUGGGAAUCUACCUGAUUUUAGAAUAAUGUUAUUUAUUGGAGUGGGAACUAUAUUUUGGAGAGGGGCUGCUUGCACAAUCAAUGAUCUGCUUGACCAAGAUAUUGAUGCAAAGGUAGAAAGGACUAUGUCACGACCACUUGUAAGUGGUGUGUUAACACCCUUUCAAGGACUAUGUUUUCUGGGCUUUCAAAUAAUUUUGGGGCUUGAAUUAUUGCUACAAUUAAAUAAUUAUAGUCGCAUCUUGGGAGCACUGUGGCCAUUACUAGCUUUCACAUAUCCUCUCAUGAAAAGAUUCACAUAUUGGCCUGCUGCAUAUCUGGGGUUAUCAUGGAAUUGGGGUGCUUUACUAGGAUGGGCAGCAAUAAAAGGUAGUCUAGACCUGGAUGUUGUCUUGCCUCUAUAUGCAUCUGGAAUAUGCUGGACCCUUGUGUAUGAAACUAUCUAUGCUCAUCAGGAUAAAGAAGAUGAUUUGAAGGUUGGAGUCAAAUCAACUGCAUUGCUAUUUGGAGACCAAACAAAAACUUGGAUUACUGGCUUCAGCAUUGCAUGCAUAAGUGGUCUUACACUUAGUGGGUUCAAUGCUGGUCUUGGAUGGCCAUUUUAUUUCUUUAUGCCAAUAGCAGCUGGACAUUUUGGAUGGCAAAUUAUGACACUUGAUAUCUUGUCCCCUGUUGACUGUAGGAGAAAGUUUUUUUCCAACAGGUGGUUUGGAGCCAUUGUGUUUAUUGGAAUUUUUCUUGGAAGAUUAAUUAUAUGAAGAUACCAGGUCAUUAGUUGAGACUUAAUAAAUAAUAUACCCACUCGACCUUUUCAAUUAUGUGAUUUUUUUGUUGUGUUUAUGCUUUAUAUACAAUUUAUACUUUAUUUUCACACACUACCUUUGUAAUCUCAUAUAUUUAUAGGUGAUGUAUUCUCAUACAAUUGUAAGACCCAUAGACACCAUGUAUUUACCUUUAGUGAAUAGUUAUGUAUUGACCUAUGUGCGUAUUUUUAGCUUCAUUGUUUCCAUUGUGAUAAUUUAAUGACAAUUACUUAUAUUUUCA